UGCAACGGGCCGUAUGUAAAGUGUCAAUCAGAUCGUUCUUCCAUUUCCCCUCACAACCAAUGAUUUUUCGGACCAGCAUUUCCCGCCAUUUCGCUGCUCAAAGCAGAAGGACAAAUCGGUUGGAGCGAGGUUUCAUUAGUCAGCUUUUAGUCCUGUUGAAACAAUGCAAGUCGACCAGAUCAGUGCAGCAAGUCCACACCCAAAUGCUCAUUCACUCAGUCCAAAUGCCCAUGCCCAAUUACUUGCUGUCCAAAAUUAUUGAACUCAAAGAUUUCAGCUACUCCACUAUUUUCUUUGCCCAAAUCCCUAUUAACAGUUAUGCUUUCAAUGUAAUGAUCAGGGGUUUUGCCACGACAUGGCAAAAGUUCGAUCUUGCUUUGGAAUUUUUUGUUAAGAUGAAAUCAUUAGGCGUAAAGCCAGACAAUUUCACGUAUCCAUUUGUUUUUGUAUCCUGCGGGAAUCUUUUAACCUCGAGAAUAGGUAGUUUAGUCCAUUGUGAGGUUGUCAAAAGUGGGAUGCUUUUGGAUUUUCAUGUUGUUCAUUCAUUGAUCACGAUGUACUCGAGGUGCAGGGAGAUGGGCUUUGCUCGGAGAGCGUUUGAUGAAAUGAGUGAGAGGGAUUCGGUGUCAUGGAAUUCGAUAAUCUCGGGAUAUUCAAGGCUGGGCUUUGCUAGAGAGGCAGUGGAAAUGUUCGGGGAAAUGAGGGAGGGAGGACUGGAACCUGAUGAGAUGACACUCGUUAGUGUUCUUGGAGCAUGUGGGGAUUUGGGGGACUUGAAUUUGGGGAGGUGGAUUGAAGAUUAUGUAAUGGAGAAAGGACUGGAACUCAAUUCCUAUACUGGUUCUGCUUUGAUUAAUAUGUAUGGGAAGUGUGGAGAAUUGGAGUCAGCGAGGAAGGUUUUUAAUAACAUGAAGAGGAAAGAAGUAGUCACUUGGAAUGCCAUGAUUACUGGGUAUGCACAAAAUGGACAGUCUGAUGAAACUCUCUUAUUAUUUGAUGCUAUGAAGGAAGCUGGGCCAGAACCUAAUGAAAUUACAUUGAUUGCAGUUCUCUCUGCAUGCGCUUCAAUUGGUGCUCUGGAUUUGGGGAAAUGGAUUGAUGAAUAUGCAACCAAAAGAGGAUUGCAGCAUAAUAUCUAUGUUGCAACAGCUUUAGUUGACAUGUAUUCUAAGUGCGGGAAUUUGGAAUAUGCAUCCAGGGUUUUUGAGAACAUGCCUCAGAAAAAUGAGGUUUCAUGGAACACAAUGAUCUCUGCACAUGCUUUACAUGGGCGAGCAGAAGAGGCACUCGCCCUAUUUCAACGCAUGUUAGUGGAGGAAAAAGCUGCAUGUCCAGAUGAUAUCACAUUUGUUGGGGUGCUUUCUGCAUGCGUCCAUGCUGGUUUGUUGGAGGAAGGCCGUCAGUUCUUUAAUUCGAUGACUUCAACUUUUGGGCUGACUCCAAAAGUUGAGCACUACUCAUGCAUGGUUGAUCUUCUAUCACGUGCCGGGCGGGUAUAUGAAGCUUGGGACUUCAUUCAAAAGAUGCCACAAAAACCAGAUGAGAUAUUACUGGGGGCAUUGCUUGGUGCCUGCCAGAAGGUAAAAAAUGUAGAUAUCGGCGAAAGGGUCGUGCAGCUUCUCUUAGAAAUGGAACCCUUGAAUUCUGGCAACUAUGUUAUCUCAUCAAAAAUAUAUGCUGAUAUGAGGAGGUGGGACGAUUGUGCUAGGAUGAGAGUCUUAAUGAAACAGAAGGGUGUUACUAAAACUCCAGGAUGUAGCUGGAUUGAGAUGGAUGGUCACCUUCGCGAGUUUCAUGCUGGUGACCUGUUAGUUGAAGAUGCAGCUGAAGUUCACCAAGUUCUCGACAUGCUGUACGAGGACAUGACAGUGGAAGAUAACAUUGAUGAAGAUCUUCUGUACAUAGACUGCCAAAUUGAAGAUGUAUAAGAAUCUCAAGACUGGAAUUUUGGAGUUUCCAGCGAAGGUGCUCUAAAGUUACUACCGACAGAACAACUGGUAUAACACUGUAAAGGGCUCUAUCAGGUAUUAUUUCACUCUUAUUGGG